AUGAGUGAAAUUACUCCAUCCAUACUGAUAGAAGUGGCGUGCGCACGCGGGUUUAAUAAGUUGCAGCAGCGAAGCGACGUUUAUCAGCAUGUUCACGCUAUCAUUGAAGACCGUGAGAAUAUUCCAAUGGGGACAAUCCUCACCAUACCGGUGCCAUUCGUGUUGCAGGUGCAAUUCUGCACAAAUAUUGAUCAAUUUACGCCUCGAUCGGCAUUGCAAUUUACCUUCUACAUGCUGCAAGACCUGACACCGGUACGGGAAACUAUUGGCCAUGGCGAUGAAGAGGUAGAAAUAUCGAAUCAUUGGCUACUGCCAUCCCGUGAGCUGCACGGGUUGUGGGAGAGUUUGAUCUACGAGGAGAAAGUUAAAGAUGGUAUGUUAGCAUUUGCUGAAACGUCCAUGCUAUUUGCUCGGAAGGGCGUCGACAGGAAUUUGGUUACAUGCAACCGUUUGGCUCUGUUCCAUGGGCCGCCCGGCACUGGAAAAACAAGCCUUUGCAAGGCCAUCGCUCAAAAGUUAUCCAUUAAGUUGACCGAAAACUACAAACAUGCGCACCUGGUGGAGAUCAACAGUCACAGCCUGUUUUCUCGCUGGUUUUCCGAGAGUGGCAAGCUGGUACAGAAGGUGUUUUGCGAAAUUGUAGCACUGUUGGAAGAUGAAUCUUCGCUGGUUUGUGUACUAAUCGACGAAAUUGAAUCGAUCGCAUAUGCGAGAAACAAAAUCUCAUCAAAUGAACCGUCUGAUAGCAUACGCGUGGUGAAUGCUGUUUUGACGCAGCUGGAUCGUUUACGACGCUUUCCGAAUGUGUUUAUUCUAGCCACAUCUAAUCUGACGGAAAGCAUUGAUGCAGCGUUUCUGGAUCGCGCCGAUUUCGUGCAAUACAUCGGUAAUCCGACAGCGCAUGGUAUUUACGAGAUCUAUCGUAUGACACUGCACCAUCUGGUAUCCACGGGAAUUAUUGCGCGAGAGGAAAUGAAGACCCGAAAGUCACCUCAACUAACUGAUAAUUAUGAAUUUCCUUCGUACGCAGAAGUAACCGAUACGAGCCAGCCAAAUAGUACGGUGCUCGACAUGUUAAUGCAAGUCGUACAACUAUCGGAAGGACUGAGCGGCCGGUCGUUGCGUAAAAUUCCUUUUCUGGCACAUGCACUCUUCGUGAAAAAGGAAUCGGAAAGUAUGUUGAAUUUUAUAUCCGCUAUGCGCCAAGCCGUGCGGAAAGUUCUAGCAGAUAAGGUGCUAAUAGGAAACGCUAUACGACCUGCAAAUGCCGUUACAAACGGCACUGAUGUAGAGAAUCAAUGA